AAGAUACGGCUACUUUUCACAUACAGGUAUUUAAAACGCGUUCAAGUGCCCAAACUAUAUUUCCCAUAAUCCACUGGUGUGACCGUGCGGAUGACGUCAGAGCCACAGCGCCGUAGAAAAUCCGGUCUCUUGGCUGCAGUCGAUUUACAUAAUGUCGUGUCCUGUAAUGCAUUCAGUGGAGAUGAACCCAGCCAUCUUGCCUCUAGACUGGCUCAUGGGUACAUGGCAGUCUGAUGAACCAGGGGAGGGAUGCUUUCCCACCAUCAAACCUUUCCGCUACUCAGAGAUGCUUCACUUCAGCCAUGUUGGACAACCAGUCAUCAAUUUCAUGUUCAAUGCCUUCCAUGCAGACUCCAAGAAGCCACUGCACAGAGAGUGUGGUUUCAUAAGAAUGCAGCCGGGAACCAACAAAGUGGCUUUUGUUGUGGCACAGAACUCAGGUCUGGUGGAGAUUGAAGAGGGCGAACUGACAGGCCAGCAGCUGAACCUGCGGAGCCACUCUGUCGCCAGAAUCUCCUUCGCCAAGGAGCCACAUGUACAGGAGAUUUCCAGAGUGUUUCAGCUCAAAGCAGAUGGUAAACUGGAACAGAGGGUCUCCAUGGCAACAGACAACCAGCCACUGAUAGAACACUUGCACAUCACUUACGUACGGACAUCUUGAGCGAAAAAGAUGCAUAAAGCAGAAACCAUGAUUAAAUUAGCUAAAUAGGAAUCAGAUGACAUUAGGAGUUGGUUAUUUUAACUCUUUUUUUUUAAAUGUCAUAGCAUCAUCUUUAAACUGCUCUGUGUAAAUUGUCUUUUUGUGCAUGCUUACUGUAAAUCUUAUCAAACACUGAAUAACGUAUGUUAAAUUCCAUAUUCAUCAAGUAUAAAGAUAGCUGAUGGCUGAGUCUUGUGUACAGUGGAUUUAUUUUCAUAGGGGUGCAUUAGGGUGUCAAUAAAUUAUGCUU